CCCACCCACGGCAUCACCCCAGCCUGCUGCCUUUUUUUGUUGUUUUUUUUUUUAUCUCCUCCGGUCCUUUCGUUCCUACAAUUUGCAAAAUUUUUUUUUUUUUUUCCCCUCCCUUCUACCUUUAAUUUUUUUUUUUUUCACUUAUUAAAAUAAUAAACUUUUGCAAAGUUUUUUCCUCAACUUUCUCCUUCCUCUCCCAGCGCUGGUAGAGACUUCGUCUCUCCUAGUUUUACUUUUUUAACCCUUCCCUACCCCACAGCCGCUUGAUUUUUAUUCUUUUUUUCAAUCAUUUUUAUUUUUUCAUUCCCUGUUCCCCCCUUGGCCGCUUUCUCGCAUGAAUCUCCUAGACCCCUUCAUGAAAAUGACAGAAGAACAAGACAAAUGUAUCUCCGACGCCCCCAGCCCCACUAUGUCGGAUGACUCGGCCGGGUCCCCUUGCCCCUCUGGAUCCGGUUCGGACACGGAGAACACCAGACCCCAAGAAAACACCUUCCCCAAGGGAGACCCGGACCUGAAGAAGGAGAAUGAUGAGGACAAGUUCCCCGUGUGCAUCCGAGAGGCGGUGAGCCAAGUGCUCAAGGGCUACGACUGGACCUUAGUGCCCAUGCCAGUCCGGGUGAACGGAUCCAGCAAAAACAAACCCCACGUGAAGAGACCCAUGAACGCGUUCAUGGUGUGGGCGCAGGCGGCCCGGAGGAAGCUGGCUGACCAGUACCCGCAUCUGCACAACGCCGAGCUCAGCAAAACCCUGGGCAAGCUCUGGAGGCUGCUGAACGAGAGCGAGAAGCGUCCCUUUGUGGAGGAGGCAGAGCGGCUGCGGGUGCAGCACAAGAAGGAUCAUCCCGACUACAAGUACCAGCCGCGGCGUAGAAAGUCGGUGAAGAACGGGCAAUCGGAGCAGGAGGAAGGCUCCGAGCAAACCCACAUCUCCCCCAACGCCAUCUUCAAGGCGCUGCAGGCGGACUCUCCGCAGUCGUCCUCCAGCAUCAGUGAGGUGCACUCUCCCGGCGAGCAUUCGGGGCAAUCACAGGGUCCCCCCACGCCCCCCACCACCCCCAAGACGGAUGCGCAGCCGGGCAAGCAGGACCUGAAGCGAGAGGGUCGCCCUCUGCAAGAAGGUGGCCGGCAGCCACCCCACAUCGAUUUCCGAGAUGUGGACAUCGGCGAGCUCAGCAGCGACGUCAUCUCCAACAUCGAGACCUUUGACGUCAAUGAGUUUGAUCAGUAUCUUCCCCCCAACGGUCACCCAGGGGUCCCGGCCACCCACGGGCAGCCCGGCCAGGUCACCUACACGGGCAGCUACGGCAUCAGCAGCACGUCGGGCUCACAAGCCGGGGCUGGCCACGUCUGGAUGUCCAAGCAGCAGCCGCAGCAGCCACCACCGCAGCCCCAGCCCCAGGCGCAGCAUGGGCUGCCGGCACUGAGCAGCGAACAGGGUCAAGCGCAGCAGAGGACGCACAUCAAGACGGAGCAGCUCAGCCCCAGCCACUACAGCGAGCAGCAGCAGCACUCCCCACAGCAGAUCAACUACAGCUCCUUCAACCUCCAGCACUACAGCUCGUCCUAUCCCACCAUCACCCGUUCCCAGUAUGAUUACACCGACCACCAGAACUCCAGCUCCUACUACAGCCACGCCGCCGGGCAGAGCAGCAGCCUCUACUCCACCUUCACCUACAUGAACCCCACGCAGCGCCCCAUGUACACCCCCAUUGCAGACACUUCUGGGGUCCCCUCCAUCCCCCAGACCCACAGCCCGCAACACUGGGAACAGCCCGUCUACACACAGCUCACCAGACCCUAAAGCCAUUCGGGGUGGGGAAGGGGUUGGGGAGGGGGGAAUAAAGAAAUUGGGGGAGGGGAAAAAAAAUCAAACAAACAGAAAAAAAAGGCACAAAAGAAGCAACAAGAGCAGCGGAGACCUUCCUCAGACUUUUUCCUUGUUUGAAAGCAAAAUAAUCAUUCAAAAAGGACACUAAAGUUAAAGCUGGCGGGGAGGAGAGAGUGCCUUGAGCCUCCUGCACUAGAGCAUCCUCCAGGACGUGGCCAGACCGCUCUGAGACUCGGCAAAACUCGGUACAGACAUUCCAAGGACUGGACUUUUAACUCUGUUUCCAGGGCCUGGCGUGGAGAUGAGAUUUCUAACCAACCAGCUCAGCUGUCUGCGCUCUGGACUUUUCUAAUGAUUUUUUUUUUUCUUUUUCCUAGCAGAAAUUUAAAAAAAAAAAAAAAAAAAAGAAAAAGGAAAAAAAUUGGGGUGGGGGAAAGAGAAAACUCAGAGUCCUCUGUGAGGAAUAUUCUCUAUUUUAAAUAUUUUUUAGUAUGUACUGUGUAUGAUUCCUUACCAAUUUGAGGGGAUUUAUACCUAUUUUUUAGAGACUUUUUUUAAAUGCUCUUAUUUUUCCAACAGCUAAAACAUGAUACUUAGUGGAGCAGUCCUAGGUUUUCUUGCAGCCAGAGGUAUUUUUGUAUAGAUAAGUGUCUUUUUCUCUGAAAAUAAAAAAGCAAACCAGCGUGCUUUUAACUCGGAACAAAGCUCGGUGAAGUGGCCAGCAUCAGGCUGAGCGGGAGACGCCAGCUGAGAUUGCAUGGGGACGAGCAUGGGAGAGGCUUUAUUUUUCUAACAAAUAGCAAAAGCAGCCAGGAGAAGAUUUUAACUUUAUUUUUUAAUAACCUUGAGCCUUAAGAAAGUAAAACAAAAAAGGGUUGUUUUUUUUUUUAAUAAAACAGCAAAAAGUGCUGUUGAGAAGCCUUAAAGCAGCCCUGGGAUAAUCACUUGUCCCCAGCUCUGCCUGCCCUGGGCUGGGGGGGGGCUGAGCUUGAUCCCCUUCAGCCACCCCUCAUCACCCCCACAUCCACCCUAGGCCUGAUGCAAAACCUGUCCGGGGGCUCCUCUCUGCUUGUGGGACAUCACAGAUACUUUAAAUUAUUUAUUUUGUGAGAAGAGCGAUUUUUAAUCACAAUUUUCUUUGGUUUUUUGGUUUUUUUUUAAAUCCCCCUCAUAUUUUAACUCCUUUCAAAAGCGAUUGCAUUUGUCAGAGCAUUAUUUGGAAGGUAACCGUGCCUGUUAAAUUAUGGUCUAAACUGUAACCAGUCCUUUAUUUAUCUCUUUAAUUCUUUUUUUUUUUAUUAUUAUUAUUAUUAUUCUUUUUGGAAUCUGUGUCCUGGGUUUGUACAAACUUGUGCUCUUCCUUUUUUUUUUUUUUUUUUUUUCUUUUGUCUUAAGGAUGAACUGGAAAAAAAAAAAAUUGUACAAACUAAAGAUUGCAAAUGUAGCGUAUCACUGAAUCAUUUGCCUUGUUUUCUGCCUCAGCUCUCUGGGACACACGAGCUCGUGCAAGGACGAGACCCAACGCCCCGGCCGUGCCGUGGGGGCGACACCGUUUUAGCCUUCCUCCCCCAAAACUGGCUUGAGGUGGGGACACGGACUUUGGUGAAGCUGUGGCUGAACAGUUAAGGAUUGCUUUUUAAAAAAGACAGCAAACUUUUUUUUAUUUAAAAAAAAAAAAUGAUAUAUUUGUUAACAUUUUUUUUUUUGUUUAGGGAUUCAGUAGAAGAAAAAAAAAAUCUUAAAGCACUCUUAUAAUAUGGCAUCUUUCUAUUUCUGUAUAAAAGCAGAUCUUUUUAAAGUAUUUCUGUAACUUAAAAGACCUGUCAUUUAAAUCAUAUUUUUGUCUUUAGGUAAGUUUGGUUUGUUUUGUUUGCAAGA